CAUCUUUUGACUCUGAUUUACUUCAAUGGUCCCUGUGUCGGGUGCCUCAUACCGCGUUCUGUAUUCUCGUUAUCCAAUGUCAUCAAUGCUUCAAGAUGAAUAUUUUGCCACAGUGGCGUCGGGCCUACCAUGGAUCCUCUCUCUAAUGCCCUAUACCAGACCCACCUCACUUCUUGGAACCAUCAUCAAUGCUUCAAGAUGAAUAUUUGGCACAAAUGGCCGAACCUUAAGACUCAAGUAAUCGAAAGG